AUGCAAACAUCUUCUUCACUCGUCAAAUACGGAUGUAUGGCGGUGUUAUCCGUUUGUAUUGCGGCUAUGAUUGUUUAUUUUGGCAUGUUAAGAGGCACAUCCGUGUCGACGGCGCCAGCAAUCCGCAAAGACACAUCUCUAGAGCCGUCGUUGGUAUCUUCACACCCCCGUUUUGAAACUUUAGCCUCCUCUUUGGCAUCUAUAGAGACUUCGCAUGCAUGCCCUGCAAAUUCUUCCAUGACCAGGAUUUACAUGUCUUCGAAAGUAAUUUAUGACCUCCUGGCCAUCAGUGCCAAGGUAUGCACGAGUGAUAUUAUGAUUGCUUUCCUCUCUGCUGGAGCUAGUGUCAUAUUGCUUAUCAGACACCAAAGGCGUAAAAACAUACCUGAAGAGACUCCUUGCUUUCUCUUUGCAGCCGCUCGCACGAUAAUCUCCAUCUGGAAUACAUAUCCAAAGGAUGUGCACGAGGAAACUAGCGAUCUGAGCACCUCCGUUCUAUACAGUCUAAAGGAUCCGGUUAGGUCGGUUAGCCCAUGUCCUGGAUUCAAAAGCGUUAUGGAGAGAAAAUUUGCUACGUGCGAAGUCAAGAUUCUUCGCAUAUUCCAACCCUCGAUGGAUCCCCCUUCUGCAUAUCUGUCUUUAGGCGACAAUUUGCAUACCUUGUUCCAGUAA